AUGCGCACGGACUGCGCCGCGCUGCUCGCGUGGCUCGUGUGCUGCGCCGCCGCGCUGUCCACACACAAGUAUAGCACGCGCGUCGUGCGCACCAAGUACGGCCCGUUGCGAGGCAUCGUCGUCCACUCGCACCCGCAGGUCGAGGCUUACUUGGGUGUGCCCUACGCUACGCCACCACUCGGAAGCCUCAGAUAUAUGCCUCCGGUGACACCGUCGCAGUGGCGAACUACCCGCUUGGCGGAUGCAAUGGGCCCUGCUUGUCCCCAAGUCCCACCAUCCGUUGUACCUCGUGAAGAAGCACUUUUGUUACAUCCGCGAGCUCGGAUCCGUCAGCUCGAGCGCCUCCUUCCAAUGCUUGUAAACCAGAGCGAAGAUUGUCUUUAUGUUAAUCUAUACGUCCCUAUGAACGGUGCAGAAGGUGAAUCAGAAAAACCUGGAUUGUCUUGUUUGGUGUUCGUGCACGGGGAGUCAUACGAGUGGAGUUCUGGCAACGCGUACGACGGUACAGCUCUUGCUGCACAUGGCCACAUCAUAGUUGUUACCAUAAAUUUUAGACUAGGUGUUCUGGGUUUUUUAAAAACCGGUGCUAAGGGGUCGGCACAGGGUAACUUCGGCUUAAUGGACUUGGUGGCCGGACUGCACUGGUUAAGGGAAAAUCUCCCCGCUUUUGGGGGGGAUCCCGAAAAAGUGACAUUGAUGGGACAUGGUACCGGCGCUGCACUCGCAAACUUCCUCGCCGUAUCACCCGUUGCUAGAGAGCUACUGAAGCGGGUUAUUUUAUUGAGCGGAUCCGGUCUCAGUUCGUGGGCGUUGCAAAGAGAGCCACUAACGAUAAAAAGAAAGGUAGCAGAACAAACCGGCUGCCACGGAGACUUAUUAGAGGAUGACUUAGCACCAUGUCUACGCAAUAAGCCGCUGGCCGAACUACUCGCAGUGAAACUUGAACCACCGAGGUUUUUGCCCGGCUUUGCUCCCUUCGUCGACGGCACUGUUAUUGUCAACCCAUCUUCGGCACAACCACCUACGGACACUUCUCGAUUAGGAGCGGGUGCUGCCGCCGUCACUUCCGCCGCUGGCCACGAACUGGCUGACUUCCCCCACAGAGAACUAAUGUUCGGUCUCACUACUACAGAAUCUUACUUGGAAUUCAAUGCUCAAGACUUGGAGUUUGGCUUCAACGAGAGCAGGCGCGACCGCAUUCUCCGCACUUUCGUCCGCAACGCUUAUUACUACCAUCUAAAUGAAAUUUAUUCUACCCUCAAAAACGAAUAUACAGACUGGGAUAAACCGGUGCAGAACCCGUUAAGUGUACGUGACGCUACGCUUGAGACCCUCAGCGACGGCCGUACAGCCGCGCCCCUAAUAAGGCUGGGAUAUCUUCACGCGCUGCGGCGAGGAACCACAUACUUCACUCAUUUUCACUACCUUUCACAAGACAAAGACUAUCCACAGAGACCUGGAUCAGUGCAUGGAGAGGAGUUACCCUUCUAUUUGGGGAUGCCGUUAUCACAGUCUUAUCACGACCUCAACUACACGACGCAGGAACAACAAGUUUCCAGGCUGUGUUUACAUUAUGUUGCCAACUUCGUCAGAUUUGGAAAUCCGAACGACCCUUCAGCCAUCCCCCCGCCGAGCCCUAUUCGGGGAGAUGAGCCUCGUCCCGACCCAGAUGACACACCCUACUGGGACACUUAUGACACCAUAAAUCAGCUAUACAUGGAGAUAAGUACAAAGCCUGGAAUGAGAAGUCACUAUCGCGGUCACAAAAUGUCAUUAUGGCUGUCUCUUAUACCGCAGCUGCAUCGACCCGGAAACGACCUGCCCGAUGCGGCCAUGAGACAUCACCACUUUCAAGAUGAUAACGUUAACUACUAUGAAGGUGUUGUAAGGCCGCAAUCUAUGUCCCGUGCUCACGUACCACACGUAGUGAAUAUGGACAAUGAUGGACGCAGUGGAGACAAAAGUACACCACCACCUCGGUCAGCCUUACCGAAGCCCUCUUCAGUCCCGUCCACGGAAUGUCCACCUAACGUCACUUCAACGCCACCACAUUCCGAUGAUGCUCUUCUCAGACGUCUUGCAUCAUCACACUAUCAAUCAUAUACAGCUGCUCUCACAGUCACAAUUGCUGUCGGAUGCUUUCUAUUACUACUAAACGUGCUAAUAUUUGCGGGCAUUUAUCAUCAAAGAGGCACUCGUCCACGACGUAGCAAAGAUGACUUGACUGAAGCUGGUAGCUCAUCUUCAUCUGAUAACUAUGACGGUAAAAUAGACUAUGAAGUUCGAGCUUUCGAAGGAAAAGGCUUUGGUUUUGAAUGCAAAUCUGCUCACGUACCCCGCGGUUCUAAAUUUGAUUUACGAACAUUGUCUGAUUGUGGUGAGCCCGCAUUCGGUGAAUAUAGUUGUUAUGAUGAAAAACAUCGUGCAGCACGAAGAUCAUUGCCAGACGUUAGCGUAGGAAGUGUGAUGGAUGCUAGCAGUGUUGUGUGCAUUGAUACUCAAAAGCCGGACAUUCAAAAAAUCGAAGCACGAAUAACCGAAGUUGUUGGAAGAACUAGCACAUUUGAGCCUCGUGUUGUAGAUAGUUCAACUCAAGUGAAAUUUGGCCCUUUAGCUGAUGGUUGUGAUUUAUCAUCAGAAACAAACGGAGAUUUAGACAUAAAUGCAAGUGGCUCUGGGAUUUUAAGGGUACCCCCUGCAGCCACGACACCAGCACCUCCGGGAAUUAUGAAGAAAAGGGUGCAGAUACAGGAAAUAUCUGUAUGAGAUUUACAAAAGUUGGAAUCCGCGGAGAUUGUGAUCAGUGAAAGGACAAAAUUAUAAUGAAAAAUUGUACAAAUAGACAAAAUCUACUUUGUGGAAAUGUUUAAAGUGAUGAUAUGUAUAUAUGUAAAUUACUAUAAAUAUAAAAUGAUGUAAAUAUGUGUUCAUAAAACUAUAUUGAUGUUACAAAUAUAACCUAUUCGUAUUCUACUCAAAUAUAUCAAAAGACCAAAUAACUAUCUGAUCUAUUAAUUGCUAAUGUUAAAAUUAAAUACAAAUCAACUUGUUUAGAAUGAGAGUGAUUGAAGAAAAGUAACACCAGCUUUAUGUUAAAAAUAUCUUUUAAUCACUGUGAAAUUAUAAUAAUUUAAAGAAAAUAAAUACAAUAAUGCAUGUCAGUUGACAACAUCUUCUAAAGCAUAGACUAACAGUAUGGUAGCGUGCAGUAGACAAACAUAGUAAGCAAAAGACGAGAACACAUCAAGCGAAGAUUCAAUUCAAUUUUUUGUGAUAUGGCGUGUGACUGAACCAGUCGUCCGCAAAUUAUUUCGCCAAUGACUAGUGGAAUUGAAGAGACACGGUAUUAAUGGUUGAUUUUGGAUAAUUUAUAAGUGGCAGGUUUUUAGAGUAUUGCGUUAUUUUAAAGGGUUAGUUUCUAGCCUGGAACAAACAAAAUAAACAUAUUUACAGCUUAAUAUUAUUAUGUUUUACAUAUUUACAUAAAAAACUACAAUAAAAAUUUAACUUGACGGGGAAAUUAAGAACGUUCGGGACUGGACGGGGUUACGGAGAGGAAAAGACUAUAUGCGAGACAGUACCUUCGUCUAAGCCACAUUCACACAACGUGUGAUCUGUAACUCUGAUCUUGUGCAGGUGGACAGGUGUGCUGGAAUGACCAAGACGUAAGUGAUAUAUUGUGGAGGUAACCCACCUGUCUGCGUAUCUAUGGGAGAAAAACCAUGGGCCUUGGUUUUAGUGGAGGUACAGUAACAAAGAAAAGUAACUGAUUUUGAUUGGCAACUCGUAAACGUUGACAAAUCUAAAUUGAUCACGUAUUAUCGAACUGUAAGGUCUGCUAUACGCUAUUGUCUAUGUUCUAAACGAUGUUUGAUCGUUGAACAUUUACUAAAUUCCCGAUUCAUAGCUAAGCGUUCAAAGAUUAUUAAUUAUUUUUGCGCGACAGACUUGUUAGUAUAUUCAAUAUCAUAUUCAAUUAUUAAAAUUUCAUUGGGUCGGUGCCAAAUCCUUUUCUUAAGGCGACACUAAAUGCCAGCGACCUUGAGUGAUAUGAGGUCACGGCUGCUGGCCCGCCAUCUAUGUAACAAAGCCAAUACUUUCAAAAUUAUUGCGUGAAAAACAGUUUAUAUGCAAUCAUAUGUUUAUAUACAAUCCUCGUUAUUCACUACUAAUCUGAAUAAAUGAACCUACACAAAAAAGUACAAGCUAUAAGAAUAACUUUUCAGAGACAAGUACCAAAAAAAUGCGUCACGCCAUGCCAAAAAACUCGUUAACUUCAAAGAAAAGUGGUAGUUCAAAAAGGCUCGGCAGUGUUAACUAUAACCAACAGCAAGCAUUAGCAACCUACAAAUAAGACUUAAGGAUAUUUGUAACAGGAUUAAGUAGUGUUCAUAGCUCGAAAUGCUAUACUUUCACCACAAAACUUGUCUAAAAACACCAUGUUUGCGUGUUUUCUGCUUACUCUUCGCCUUAAUUUCUUUUAGGAUGUUACUCGGUCUGUAUUUAUAAAAAGGCAAUUUAAAAUGUAAUAAUAUUAAAUAAUUGCUUAUCUAUAUAAUUGUAAAAGCUUUGCGAUCAUAGUUACUACUUUCUGUAUAUAUUAUAUAUUAGUGUCUUACAAGAUUCAUAGUGUUACUAAAUUAUGUUGUGAAUUUGUAAAUUUAGCAUACGAUGUAAAAUAAUAAGUGUGUAGUUUUUAUAAGUAUAAAAUAAUCGAUACUUAAUGGACGAGUACUUAUUCUAUAACUUAUCAGGAUUUGGUAUUAAUUCGUUAAUUCAGCUUAAAUUAAAAUUUGAGGAAAACAGGGUAAUCGAAAUUCAGUUUUUACAUAUUCUUAAUAAAAUCGCUUACUUUGCUUGUAAUGGUGUAAAAACUCCUUUUAACCCUGAAAUAUGUAAAUGUAAUUCUAAACUUGCUUAUUAAGGGCAUAUAUUCAAAAUAGAUUGAUACUGCAUGGGCGUGGCCUUUUCUUCCUAAUAACAGGUAAAUGUAAAUUGCAAGUGCGCAAAACCGUCCAUAAGCAAUUUAAAUUAGCGCUUUAAACUUUUAUUUCUUUCAGGUGACAAUAUUAAUUAAUAAACAAAUUUUCAAGUAAAGUUUUAGUAAAGUACAGUACAGAUUUUCCUUCAAAAAGGCACGCAAUAUACUUUGAUGUUUUUUCUACAGAUUAAAUUUAUUUUUAUCGUGUGAAUAUAAAAUUAAGGCCGGCAACACAUUUCUUGACACCUGUUGUUGCGGAUGUCCAUGGGCAGUUGCCUCACCCCCAUCCCGUGAGCCUCUUGCCCGUUUGCCCCAUAUAAUAAAAAAAAAGUAAUAAUAUAUUAAAUCUGUCAGUGAACCAUAAAAGGCAUUUAUUUUCUCAAAAUUGAUUCCUUUAGAAUUCUUUUUGAUGUCAUUUCUAAUAACUACUAGAUACUACUUACGCUUCAGAAACAAAUGGCGCUCUGAGAGAGAAGAAGCGGCGCAAGAAACUCUCCCAGCAUUAUUUUUUUGCGCUCUUUUCAAUAUAAAUACACAAUAUUGUACAGACAUUUCUACGGCUAUAAAAUAAUUACAAUCUAGUCCCAGGCUGUCCGAUCAUUUAGAUAUUCAGCAGUGGAGUAAUAGGAUUUACGACAGAGCCAUUUUUUUUAUAAAACAUUUAAAUUUAUUUAUAGAUAAUGCCUGAACAGUGGCUGGGACUUUAUUAUAGGGUCAAAAUAUAAAAAAUAAACAGUUUAUGUUGCAUGUAGGCCCUUAAGUUAAUACAAAAAGCAAAACAGAGUUAUAGCUAUAAACUAAUUGGCCUAAUUAAAUGCGAGACACGCUACUUUGUUUAUGGAGUACUCGUCCAUAUUUUAUCUCUGCAGGAAUUGAUGAGAUUAAGUAUAUAAAGGAUAGUACACAAUAUUGGAUCCACGUUGUGACAAAAUGAGAAUGAAAAAUUUUUCUUUUCAUUCGGAAUUGAGAACGGAUUUAAAGUUUUUAAUUAAAGGAAGUUGACUUGGAAUUGAAUUUUUAUUAUUUGGUAUUAAUAAAACCUUUGAUAAUUUAUACGUCUAGAUAGAUUUACCAGUAGGAGGCACCUUUGCACAGAUUAUGGCUCACAACCGCGCCUAUUUCUGCCGUGAAGUAGUAAUGUGUUAACAUUACUGUGUUUCGGUCUGAAGGGCGUCGUAGCUAGUGAAAUUACUGGGCAAAUGAGACUUAACAUCUUAUGUCUCAAGGUGACAAGCGCAAUUGUAGUGCCACUCAGAAUUUUUGGGCUUUACAAAAAACCUGAGCGGCACUGCAUUAUAAUGGGUAGGGCGUAUCAACUACCAUCAGCUGAACUUUCUGCUCGUCUCGUCCCUUAUUUUCAUAAAAAGAAGAGUCUCUUGCUGUUAGGCCACGGAUAAAAUCAGGCCAGGAAUAUUAGUUUAGUGUGCGUGACAACUUACGUCUUCCACUCGCGAUUUGUAUGACAUUCUGUGUUAUUGUGCGUGAAUUGCUCAAAAUAGAGGUUAAUUCUAAACUCAAUUUCUCGACGUUUUCACAGCUGUCAUAGUCUAUCUAGACGUAUAAAUGAUGUAAGAAUAAAAUCAUACCUAUUAUACAUUAAGCGUAUUUAUACUCGAUGCUUCUUAUGUUUAAUACGACUCGUAUGUUUAAAUUGUAUUGAGAACAACUCUAUUAUUUAAGUCUUUAAGAAAUUCUAUCAAACUGUUAUUAUAAUGACUGAAUAUUUCUAUGUUUACUGUUCAAUAUUCUUUUAGCAAUUUGUAUCUUACCUACAUAGUCUUAAGAUUCGUUAUAAUAUAGUCGUUGCAUAACUUAUUUCUGUUGUUGAUAUUAUAUUGAAUUCAUGUUUUAUCUAUGAAUUAUUUCCAAAUUUAUAAUAAUGUGAUUCCACCAUUUUAUGGUUCUAAUUGCUUUUGUCGGAAAUCUAAUUAUUAAAGAUCGUGGCGAAUCGUGUAGGCCUAUCGUAGAUGACACACUUUUUGUGUUAUCGAGUCUGCGGCACACAAGAAGUCUGCAUUGCGCCCAAAAUGUCUUUGGCAGACAAUUCACAGACUCAACGCACACGACGUACACUUUCACUCAUUUUGUCGGCAGAACUAUAGGCAUGUACACGCAAUGGAAAUACAGAGAUUGCGGUGUAUUAUAGUAUAGUAUAAAUAAAUUUGCACACUUCAUCCCACAAUUUUUAUUUUAAAUUUCUGUCAUGAUACUCUGCCAAAGAUGUAUCAUACAGUGCUGGUCUGUUUUCUAUUUCUUGAAUCAACAUCGAUACAUCGAUGUCUAGAGCCAUGAUACACGUCAAUCACUAGCAAGUGCAAACUACAGACUAAUGUGAGCGUCGUCUGCGUCAACGUUAAUUAUUUUUGGCGCACUUUUUGUACGGUCGGACGGUCUGUCGGUACGAGGAUAUUUUGAGUGUCAGACUUUGCGCGUCGUUUGCGGUACUGCAUAUAAUUCUAUAUUUUUUAUUCUCACAGACUAAAAAAUGCGUUACGGAUAGUCUGUCGUCUGAGAUAGGCCUUAAUCUCACCAAUGUGACCCCUGUUCGAUCCUCACUCGCCGUCUUUUCGGCUUUUGAAUUCAUAUGUACGUUAAUUGGAGGCUUUAUAAGAUUGUUGUUGUCAUUCCUCUCGUGCUACAAGAUAGUAUUGGCUGCGGUGAUCACUUACCAUCAGGUGACACGUAUGUGUCAUAAAACUAGAAAACAGUGGGAGGCUAUUUUGCACAGGAUGCCGGAUAGAUUUUGGGUAACACAACGGCGCCUAUUUCUGUCGUGAAGCAGUAAUGUGUUACAUUACUUUUUUUUCGAUUGAAGGGCGCCGUAGCUAGUGAAAUUACUGGUCAAAUGAGACCUAACAUCUAAUGUCUGUCAAGGUGACGAGCGCAGUUGUAGUGCCGCUCAGAAUUUUUGGGUGUUUCAAGAAUCCUGAGCGGCACUACAUUGUACCCAUUACAAUGGCAAGGCCUAUCAAUUACCAUCAACUGAACGUCUUGAUCGUCUUGUCCCUUAUUUUCGUAAAAAUUAGGGCAAAUAAUGGUUGCAAGCAGUUGAAGUCAAAAUGUAUUUAUUUUAAUCCAUCCGACAAAGUGAGAUACAACUUGUGUCUCGUGAAGAUAAAGGAACAUAUUCGGAACAAUUGCUCAUAUUAUAUGUAACACAACAUAUUGAUGGGAUCCCACUAGUUUUGAAAAUUGUAUUAGAUGCGUACUACAAAUAUGUACGCAGAUGUGUUUGUUGAUAAUUUGAAUAUUCUGUAACGUAUUGUUUAUAAAGUUACAAAUUAAUCGCAUUUUGUUACAAUUUGGUGUUAAAUGGAGUGCGUGACUAGUAUUAAAUAAAGU